AGAGAGGGAUCGCGAAUAACGACGCGAUGCUUACGCCGUACAUCGUGUGCUUGGCGCAUGCAGCUCUAACUUACAGACUAAAGUAGAGAGAGGGACAAAGCCCGAGUUGAUCGAGUAAGAGGGAGAAUGAGCUAUGAACCUCUGUUUAGCCGAGCUGCUCAUAGCUCCUACAAUUGCAAGGCGCGACUGGUUGCCUCUAUUAACGCACGUUUUCUCUUACAUUUUGUUGACGCUUCGUUGUUUUUUAAAUUUUUUAUACCGAAAACACUACAAUAUCGCUGUCCCUCUCCUUCUCAACUGACUUUUUCAUUGUCACAUCCAUUUCAUAUUAGUCUUGCACCCGCAAUGUUCUCGAAGUAUAUAUUCGCGCAAGCAUGUAGCGCCAAAGAGGCGCGUGGGGGCGGCUGAGCAGACGACGUCAAAGACGAAGAGUACGAGAACACAAGAAGUGACGCAAGUGCAACGCGUUGUUCAGUGCCGUGUUGCAACGUGAAUUGUGUUUACACGUGCGACUUGGGUACUCCAGUUUGGGAAAUUGUGUUUGUGUUUAAAAACAAUUGGUUUAUCUCGACAACCAUUUGCUUUAGUAAUUGUCUCACUUGGCAGUCUUCACUCCACUCACAACAAGAGCCAUUCGUAUUAUGAACUUGUGCGCGACAGUCCACCGACUUUGCAACUUUUGGUGUCUUUUGUUUCAAAACAUUAGUUACUACCAGUAGUAUAAGCAGCACUAGUUAAAUAAGCAAAAUACAUGAACGAGCAAGUGCAGCAACGACUGACAAGCACUGACAAUUUGAAUAAUCUGUUGUCAUUUUUACUAAUAUUAAUAUUUAUUGUUUUUUAACCUUGUGUUUCCCAUUACUCGACCAAAUACUGAAGUUUAUUAGGCGCCUAGAUUUUCAAAUUGAGCUUUCUUUUACGAACACGACGGAUACAAGAUAAAUUAGUUAUAUCCAAAUACCAACGCCAUAACUGCAGCAUUUUGAAGCGUUUUUUAAGUCAGUAUAUUUCCAACGGACAAAGGAGCCGGUUUCACUGGCUCAUCGGUACUUUUGGAUGUUAAGAGGUGCGGGGGUGGCUAAAAGAGCCCCGCCGCAGGCUACGGCUCCCGAUGCCGGUCCCUAUAUCACAAACGCUGUCACUCACUUCUACUCUUGUACCCAAAGAAGAGUCGAAUAUGCCCUUUAUAGAUGACGAGUUACUUUGGUGUCCUGAUAAUGACGGGAAAAUGGUUGAUCUUACUCAGUGUCUGCAGGAAAGCAAUACUGAUCAGCCUGUUGAGUUUUCAAGUAUGGAAUUGAACUCGUUGGAGGAUACCCCGACAGUAUUAAAUUUACCUAUUGAAAAUCAGGGGACAUCUUCUCAUGUUAAUGACACUAAUAGUACCACCAAUAAUACAAACGUUUCCAAUGCUGUAGAAAAUACGGAAGAGCCGUUUGAUACCCUUGAUACAUUUUUAAGAGAACUUCAGGCAGAUUUGGCUUCAGCCAAUCAGAAUCAAGUAUCUCCAACAAGCACAAGUGUUAACAAUUUUAAGCGGCAAAGGUGCAAUAUUGCUGCAGCGAACCCCCUACUCGCUGAAAAAUUGGCUACUCCUCAUCAAGUUCCCUCUUCUUCAGACUCCUAUGCGUCAAGAUCUGGGGACUUUUCAUCAGAAACCAUUAAAGUGGAUACAAGGGAAUUAGGAGCAGCCCAAUCGCGCGAAUCAACGGAAAAAGAAGUUUUUGCGUUGACCACUGUCAAAUCAGAGCCAGGUUCUCUGACUAGUAAUAAACUUCUCCACGGCAUACUCUCUCAACAGCACUUGAGUUCAAAUCAUCAUCAGCAUCAGUAUCACCAUCAUCAACAACAACCACAUGGGAUUGUUACUUUACAAAAUUCGUACAGUAGACUUGCAAAUCAACCUCCCUAUACUGCUGCUCCAAUACCAACAACCAAUACACCAGGAAGUGGAUCAUUGCCAGCCAGUCCUGCGGAUAGUGGAGUCAGCGAUGUGGAGUCGAGUACUUCAUCGGGAGCUAAUGAAGAUGCGGCGAACCUUCUUUUAAAAGCGAGACUCAAUCCAAAUUCUGUUCUUCAAUCUAACUUAUCUGCGUCACAUCAUUCUCACAUUACAGCAGCUUUAGGGAGAUCAGUUUGUCAUAGCCCUGGAACCUACAGUGGGCCUAGCACUUUUCUGCCUCCUCCAUUUCAUUCUCAACAUCAUCAGCAAACUACUCAUUAUCAGGCUCACAGAGGCAAUUCACCGCAUCAACACGGCAGUCACAGUGUACCGACGAUGGGACCGCCUAAUCACCAUCAUUUACACCAAUCUCCACAUAUUCAACAUUUACAUUAUCGACAAUCCACAGCACUGCCAGAUAGCUAUGGGAGCUACAUGACGUCAAUGUACAAUAGCAAUGGAUCGGUAGCAGGAAGCGUUACCUCGUAUUCGGGAAGCUGCACGAGCUCUCAGUCGAGGGCAAUAGCAACAAUGGCAAGCACGUCGACGACAACUGCUGGUACCGGAACAUGCGCCAACGGUAUCGCAGCAGGAGUCAGCGGCCCAGGUGGUGUGCCAACAAGUGUCAUUCAAGCGGCAACAUCUUCAGUAUCUGAUGAACUGUACUUGCUUGAAUUGGGCUUCCCACCUCGAGCAAAGAAAAGCAAGCUCAAAAAAUCUCGGAUGGUAGCUGUUGGUGGCGCGGGCCCAGGAUCCAGCAUCAAUGAGCAGUCAACCGGCGGGCCGGUUCCUGGUCAAGGCCUUCCUGUGAAACGUAAAUCGCGCGAGGGCUCGACCACUUAUCUUUGGGAAUUUUUGCUGAAGCUCCUUCAAGAUCGCGAGUAUUGUCCACGCUACAUUAAAUGGACGAACCGCGAGCGUGGAAUUUUUAAACUUGUUGACAGCAAGGCAGUUUCAAGACUAUGGGGUCUCCACAAAAACAAGCCUGACAUGAACUAUGAGACGAUGGGUCGAGCCUUGCGUUACUAUUAUCAACGCGGCAUUCUCGCUAAGGUCGAUGGUCAACGGCUCGUUUAUCAGUUCGUAGACGUACCCAAGGACAUUAUUGAAAUCGACUGUACGGGUGCGUGAUUGACAAUCUAUCGAACAUUUUUGUCUUUUCCGAUGUCUUGUUGCUAUAAUUUUCGGCUCGCCUGAUCGAGACCAGCUGUGAUCUUUUUCAGGCAGGCAAUUAAUCGAAGCACAACCUGUUGCGUUAAUCAAAUCCAAAUACACACAAACACACUCAAUCACACUUAUCGAGAUAUAAUUAUUUUUUUAUCAUGUUUACGCAAGUCCAGAUUUGAUUUAAUCCAUUUUUCAGUGAAAUUAUUGAAAUGUAGAAAGCGUUGUUCACUUAAUCUAAACGUGUAAACUACAUUUCCAUAGCUUUCGAUUUUCCAUAAUUCAUUCUUUUUUGAUAAAGUAACCUCAAAAAUAAAAAAGAAAAAGGAAAAAAGGAAAGUUGAUGCUUUACGCCUGAUACAUUUUUACAGAAAAUAAAUUAACUGAUGGCUUUCAUACUACUUUUCACCCAGGCUAGUAAUAUUAAAAGGUCAGCCACUUUAAUAAACAAUUUUUCUUCCGAAUUGCACAAGUGAAUGAAUGUAAUAACAAUUGGCUAGCCAAAAAUACAUCGCAAAAUCGUUAUUCCCUGCACAAAUCCUCAAUCAUAAUAUUAAAUUACUUACAAAUAUAUUUUCGCGAUCAUUUGCUGCGCAUUUUAAUGGAAGAAAAAUACAAGCUCAUGUAUUUUGUAAUUAAUACUAAUCGAAUUUGAUUGUUAGUUGGUUAUAAUAAGGCGAAACAAAUAUUACAUUUUAUAAUGAAUUAAACGCGUAAUUUGAAGGCUGUGAAAACGAAAAUUAAAAAUGUCGAGUAAUAUUGAGAUUGAAACUGCAAAUGUAGUAUUCAUUCUUUACGGCAAGGCAUUUUGGGAUAUAUUUGGAAAUUAAAAAUAACAAUCAGUUCCAUAUAUAAAUGAAUAAAUUAUUUAGCAAAGUAUACUCUAUUCACAUGUAUAUAUAGAUAUGUACAUAUAUAAAAUAUACAAAUAAAGUAAUGGUUGUAUUUACUAAACAGAAAUCGUGAAAUCGUGGUGCUGGAUGUAACAAAUUAUAUUAAUAAGUAACUACAAGCGUGAUUACGCAACACAUAUGAGGUCCAAGAAUAUUGAUUAGCGUUCGGUGUCCUAAUUCUUAAUAUCAAUGAACAUUUAGAAUGUGGUUGGCCGUCAUAUGUAUGUGUGUACAUAUAAGUGGAGUACAAUUGUGUAAAAUAUUAAGAUACUUUCACAUAAUGAGUGAUUUUAAAUGAAAGAACUUUAUGCUAUCUUAGAUCCAACUUGACGCUACUCUAUUGUUUUACGUUGAAAUCAUAGAAUGUGAUUGGAAAAUUUUCAUAAUUUUUCACCCAGAUGUAUUAAACACGUAGCUAACAAUUGUUAUCUAUUAUUAAUCAAAAUUAUAUUUCUGUUAUAGCAUUACAGAAAGUGAGAUAAUAAAUAAGAAAAAAUAUAAUUCUUCUUUUGCUUUCACAAGUGAUGCGACAAGUCAACAUAAGAAGGUAGCAUCCGAUGACUCAAAACGAUUGCUAUAGCGCACGGAUACGUAACAUAAGUCUUUACUGUCUUUGGACAUAUUUCUUUUAAAAAAUAAUGCUUCCUAUUAAGUAAAUUUAUCAUCCAAAAUCAGCAUAGCAUCGAAAAUCAAAACACAUAAAGAAACUAUCACCUUUCUCUUAGUUUAUCGCAAUAUAAGUGAUUAUGUUGACAUUACAAAUAUAACUUUUUAUUUCUUUGUAUAUAUACUUUUUCAGCAAAAGCUAUCAUUUUAAAAAUGUUUAAAAUUUAAUGCGACUCUAAGUUGGAAUUCAAUGAUAUUUCCUGUAAAUAUGGUUGGAGAGUCACUGGUAAUCGUACCAGACGUUUAUUGUUACUACGAAGAGUAAAGAGUAAUUUAUCAGAAAAUAAAAAAGAAUGUAAUUCAAAUAUGUAUGCGUGUGAUUGUGUGAAUGAUAUUAUAUUCAUACGUUAUAAGGGGGUGUGCGCUAGAGAAAAAAUACGUGUAAAAAUGUAAUUACCUUAAGACUUAGCAAUGCUCUCUGAACAGUCUAAAUACAAUUCAAGCGUAAUUUUACUAUAUAUUUUUCAAGAUAAGUGUAUGCAGUAAAGAGUUGCGAAAAUCUGUAAUGUAAAAUACUUAUCCAGUGCUGCCAAUAAAAUGUUUAAGUUUCUAAUAUUUCUGAAACAUAUAUUUGUAUCAUAAAAAGCGUUUUUCACACUGUAAUUUAUAUGCGUUUGUUUCAAAACCACCAUGGUAACCGCAAUGAUACAAAGAACAAUGCCUUCACAAAUUAUUAAUACAAAAUGUUGCCUUUGAUAAUGAAAAUUAAUCAAGUAUAGAAGCUAAACUGUAACUCAUAUAAUAAUGUUCUUAUGCACUCUGAUUUUUACAUUGCAAAUUCAUUCACGGGUACUUAAAAGUAAAUGUGGUAAUCGACCGAUGGUUUUACCGUCCUUAUUUUAAAUAACUUUUUGAGCUAAACAACAACAUACAUACAUAUAUAUUAGAAUAUGCUAAAAGCGCGUUUUCUGCCAAAAUGUUAUAUUUGCAUAUUCGACUAAGAAUUUUAAUAUGAAUGUGUCGCAAAAAAGUACAACGUGUAGAAGAUUAUCUUUAAAAAUUAUUGUAGCAAAAAAUGUUUUUUUCUAUGUUUAUGAUAUGAAUAAAUUGGCAAUUAUAUUCAAUCAUUAUAUUUUAUUAAUACAAUGUAAUAAAGAAACUUGAUUAUUAAGACUCUGUUACGAUAGAAUUAACGUAUAAAGUUAUUUAAAAGAAAAAUUUAAUGUAACGUUCUGUGAUUCGUUGUUCGUAGGUGAAAUUGAAUAAAAGGUUAUGUACAAUAUAAUUUUUUUAAUUAAUUAUACCAUCAAAUUAAUAUUUUUCGUUAUAUUCGAUAUUAGUCAAUGUGUAUUAUAUGUAUUUAAAAAUAUUUGUUGCAUUAAGAAUUAAGUAUUAAAAAAUGGAGUUAAAAAAUUGGAUUAUUUAAACAAAUUACUUUAUUGACCGGAGACCUAUACGAGUUCGGAUGAACGUAAAAAAAUGUGGCAAUCGCGGGAACGCUAUUCAAGGCGAAGGUCAACGAUGAUUUCAUAUGAAUAUUAAAAUAAUUGAAUAUUUUAAUUAUAUUUAUGUACAACCGUACACAUUAUUCGGAAACACAAAAACUUUAUGUAUUAUCUCCAAAUCUACAAUAAACGUCAUUUAAUUUGUAAAGUUGUCUGUAAGACGCGCUGACGCGCAGUAAAAUGAAUUAAAAUUACAUUCGGCGUGUGUGUGUACGCACGCGCUUUUGUGUGCGUGCGUAUAUAUGUGCGUUUUUAUUUAUGCACGAAGCUUUAUAUAAAACAUAAUGUUGAGGAUAAAGUAAUCUGUCAUUACACUUAUAAUUACUGUUAUGAUUUAGUUCUGUCAGAACUGCUGUAUAAAAUUAUCUAGGGACUAUAAUUUUUAAUCAUAUUUUUUUCCGAUUUUUAAUGAAAAAUGAUUUAUGAAGAAUUGUUUAUUGAUAAAAUGAAUUGUUAAAAUUGUUCUAUAGACAUUAAGAAAUGCGUGUACGUGAGCGUAUGUGAUCUGAAAUUUCACAAAUGUGUAGAAACAAAAGAAAGUUUAGUUUCGCAUUAAAAGAAAUAAAUCUUGUAUAAUGUUUUCUUUUCGUUUCAUCUACACUUAUACAAUGCACACCUCUAAUAUCUAUACAAUAAUGUUAUCAGUAAGUUCAUUUCAAUAAACGAUACUUAAUAACGGUUUUCAUCGAAAACGGUAA